AUGGGGAGAGGGAAGGUGGAGAUGCGCCACAUCGAGGACAAGAUCACCCGUCAAGUGACAUUCUCGAAGCGGAAAGGCGGCCUGCUCAAGAAAGCUCGGGAGCUCUCGGUGCUGUGCGACGUCGAGGUCGCUCUAAUCGUCUUCUCCGCGGGCGGCAAGCUCUUCGAAUUCUCCGGCGGUGAAAGGUUUAGAGCGAGCCAAGGAAUAUACUCGAUCCUUGGCUAG